GCCUUUUAUGAACUGGUAGAACGCUGAAGCUUUGUUUCAGGUCGCGAUCAUCCUGUUUUUUGUUCUUGUUAAUUUGUUUUUCCUUCAAAAACACCCGUUUGAAAAUAUUACUUUUUAUCUUGGUGAUUAUUGAAAGAAUCAAGAACAAAAUAAAGGAGGAAAUUAUUGUAACGCUAAAAACGGUAGGCAGAUCUAGAUAUUUUUUUGAUCGGAAAAGUGUCACUUUGAUCCACGAAAACUGUUCAGUCCCUGUCAGUGUAGUUAAAGCCUAACUGUAUCUCGUUGGGACAUUCAUUCAUACGACCAUUCCAGCCAGCCGAUCAGGUUGCACUCUACAGCGCUUCAAUCCUGAAGAUGGCCAACGAAGACAGUAAGACAUUUGUAAAUAAAGAAUUUCUUACAGGCGUUGUUGAAGGGUUUUAUGGUCGACCUUGGACAUAUCCUCAAAGAAAAGAACUGUUUCGGAGAAUGAAUCAAAUGGGUAUGAAUGCUUACCUGUAUGCCCCUAAGGAUGAUAUAAAACACAGACAGUCAUGGAGGGAUUUGUACACUCAAGAAGAAGAGCAGCAACUUCAGUUUUUGAUCACUGAGUCCACUGAAGCUGGAGUACUUUUUAUUUUUGCUAUAUCACCGGGCUUAGAUGUAACGUUUUCUAGUGCUAAAGAAGUAGAUAUUUUAAAGAAAAAAGUUGAUCAGGUAAGCAUAUGCACAGUUGGUUUAUUCAUAAAGGUUGAGUUCCUUCAAAAUGUAAUCCGAACACAGAAUCAUGGUUUUUCACUAAUUACAGGAAAUUUAAUCAAUCUUGGGGCCUAGAUACUAAGGGCGACAUAAUUAAAACUAUUUAUUGUAACAGGUAGACUUCGGGAGCGUUGAGGACAUUUUUAAGGCCACUGUCUCAGAUACUCAGUGUUUCUCUACCCCACCUAUUUUCAUCUAGGUGGGUGGAUGGCUUUUCCAACACCUCAGUAACUGGUUCCAAAGUUCAUUGUAUCAAUCUGUAUCUGGGAAUUCAUUUGCAACAUAGAUUUUCAAAAAUGAUGACUGGUCUUUAACUAUGUACCUGAACUCUUGAUGGAAGUUUGUAAGAUGGUUGUGAAGUGUGGUUAGGGUUUUAGAUGACACGACAAAAUAGGUCACAGUGGCCCAGAUAUAAUCAUCCUUUACUUUCCUUUAGUUAUUGAGUAUAGUAAUAUUUAACACCUCCUGGAUUUCCAGUUUUCAUGCGACUGAUAUUUCUUAUGCCCAGUUUUCCACAGCAAUUAUUAUUCCAAAUCCCCUUCCUUUCGUUCUGCUAAUUCUUCUUUACUGUAUCGUGGCUUUUGCUAUUUCUUAUUCUUACUAGGUCGUUGUAUUGCUCGCAUCUGCUGGGAUCACCGGGUAAGUAAUAGUGAGGUUAGACACAGGGUAUUAGGGAAUGAUGGUAAAUCAGUUGAUAAGGUGACGAAUUUUCAUCGACUGAGAUGGUUGGGCCAUGUGUUACGUAUGCCUGAACACCGAUUACCACGACGCGCAAUGCUGACUAGUGUAGGGGAUUGUUGGAAGAGAGUUAGGGGCGGCCAAACCAAAACAUGGCGUCAGUGCUUGAAGUCACUGACUUCUAGUCUGAGCCAUGUUGGCAGAUGCAGACUACCUGGUUGGGGUCCACGUGACUAUCGUAACCAAUGGUUGGAGACUCUGUGUGACAUGGCUUAGAAUGGAUCACAAUGGCGUAGGUGUAUACACUCUUUAUCUUCCCUUAAACCUUGAGAUUAAAAUUGCUUCAUAUCUGUCUUUCUUCCUGUACUAUAUCCUUAUAUACAACCUAUAAUUUAUAUACUACUACCACCACUAAAUUAAUUACUUCUAUGAAUCCGGUGUUCAUCUUGUUGUGCUAACGAGGUAUGGCAACUUGGACCGAUGCAUAUAUGUGCGUGGUCCUACGUUGUUGCUGACUGACUGACUAGGUCGUUGACUGUGUUUUAACUGAUCGUCAGUAACGUUUUAGGUUUAUUUUGAUAGCCCGUAUAUAUGCAUCAUAUAUAAUAUCAAUGUUUUAGGUUUCAAAACUUGGUUGUCGUGCAUUUGCCCUUCUUUUUGAUGAUAUUGAGCCGCGCCUAUGUCCCGCAGAUCGAGAAGUAUUUAACUCAUCAGCCCGUGCUCAGGUUAUGUUCGCGAACGAAAUUUACAAUCAUUUAGGAUGUCCAGAUGUCUUUUUAUUCUGUCCAACGGAGUACAGUGCAAGUUUGGCAGUACCUAAUAUUAAUAAAUCAGAAUAUUUAGCGACAGUCGCUUCCUGUUUAGCACCAGGUAUCGCUGUAAUCUGGACCGGUCCGCUUGUAGUGUCUAAACGAAUUUUAACUAAGGAGCUGAAGGAAUUAUCUACUUUAUUACAACAUCCUAUCGUUUUAUGGGACAAUCUACAUGCUAAUGAUUAUGACCAGCGUCGCGUAUUUAUAGGACCGUACAGUGGUCGACCCCUAGCUUUACGUCGCAAAGGCUUGCUUAGAGGAGUGCUGACCAAUCCGAAUUGUGAAUUUGAAGCAAACUAUGUGGCGUUUCAUACUCUUGCACAAUGGUCUAGACAAGCUGGUAGCAAACAUAUAAUACAAUCAACUGAUACAGAAAUGCUAUGUACAAGUGAGGAUUUUGAAUCUAACGCUUCUGAUGAUAACGAAGUGAUUGAUGAUGGUAUCGAUGAUCAAAAAUCAGGUGAUAUUAAUGAACACCCAUCUGUCUGUCAGGAUGACUGUGUAAAUAGGAAACGACAAUAUGCAUCUGUUUACAGACCUCGUGAAGCUCUCCGUAUAGCUUUACGAGACUGGCUUGCAUUAAUGCUUCAGGUUGGUGCUUCAAAACCUAGCACGGCUAUAGGUACUCCUACACCUAUGGAUACAGAUAAUCUUGAAACUGGUCAAAACGAAGCUCCCAUGCAGAUUGAAUCCACUCCUUCCAAUGUGGUCGUGAUUUCUGAUAAUAAUUCUUCUGAAACCCAUAUUUCAGGUGAUGCAAAUUCAGUUGCUGUUACCUUAGAGGAUUUGGAAAUGUUCGCUGAUCUUUUCUAUUUACCUUUCUCUCAUGGACCUUCAGCUAUUCGUCUACUAGAAUUAGGACAUUGGUUACGCGAAUAUUCAUAUGUUUGUGGACCUAACCCAUCUGAUCUUGAGAAAGCAACUGAAUGGAACAAAAAGUUAUCAGAUUAUACAGAUAUGGUUUCUACAAUUGGUCGAAUACGAGACCGUAUGCAACGCUUACCAUCUAAAAGUAUCUCCUAUGAACUAGUACCAUAUAUAACUGAAGUUCAUACUGUGGUGGGAAUUAUCCUGGAUUAUUUCCGAUGGUUAGAAACUGGAGUCAUGGCUUUUCGAAGCAUGUCUCAUUUAAAGCGGCUUUUAACAUGGUUUUCACCUGGUUACCGUGAUAUGGUAACAUCUGGUGAUCAAGAACCAUGGACAUUUCGUGGUGGGUUGAUAACAGAGCUUCAGAGAAUUUUACCACUCGAAUCUGCUCAAGAUCUUUUCCCUGCGCCAAGUCGUGCUGUCCCAGGCAUGACUACCAUUCCUUGUUUGAAUUGGCCUGAUAAUGCAACAAGUGUAUACACUCCACUUGCUCCUUCUGUUCCCCCAAUGAUUCCAAUUCAGCCUUCAAUCUUCCCAAAUUUUUCAAGGUUUCCAUCGUAUAUAGUUCGGCCAUAUAGACCUGAAGAUAAAUCAUGUAUGUAUGGUUUAUUCAGAAAACUACUUUUGGCUCGUGUUGGUUUACCGGAAAACGCUCUCCCAUUAGAAUUCCAGGAUUUACCAGGUGACAAGUAUUUACUUCCAUUUCUACAACAUUCACCUGAAAGUUGUUUCAUGGUUAUGGGUCCACCUUUCCUGCAGACCUCAGUUGAUUGCUCUAGUUCAGUCACAAAUAGUGAUCAUCCUGCCUCAGGUAAUUGUGUUGGCUUUGGUGUUUCAGCACCGGAUGCUGUAUGUUGGGCUCGUGAACGUACUACUCACUAUCGAGAGUCAAUGAAAUUAAAAUAUCCACGUGACUUUCAAAUUGGAGUACACAGUUUAUCGCAUUGUAACAAAUUAAUCGUUGGAAAUGGUGAGACCAACAACUCUAACUUGAAUGUUACUACUGUAACUGAUACUACUCGAUUGGAACCUCCUGUAACUUCAUCUGCUCCACUCUCCCCUUUAACAGAUAGUCGUUGUUCAAGCAUUACUCCAAAUCAAAAUCCUAUGGCUGUCGAAGAAUUCAUUAAGUCCAUGAUUUCUUCUUUCCACAAUGAUACAUCUGAAGUUGUUGAUAUUGCUGCAGCUGUGAAUUUACUCCCUCCUCCUGAACCACUUGGUGGAUGCCUUCCUAUGGAGCCACCACUAUCUGGUUGUUUGGAACAAUGUGAACCUAAUUGUACGACUGCUCCAAUUACUUCUAAUAUUCCUACUGAUUUGUCAUCUCAAUUAGAACUAAAAUCUUCUUUUCCUAUUGAUGAAUGUGGUACAACUAUCUCAGCUUUACCUUUGCCUACACCUAUUUUACCAGAUACUGCUCCUCCAUCUCCACCGUCUGGAACUAUAUGUGCACCAUCAUUAGUGCCUGAGACAUGUUCAAGUAGUCCUGCAGCAACAAAUUCAGUGAUAGCUCGGAAUCUUAUUGUUGCUGGUGGACCAGAAGCACUUCAUAGUGCUUUAACAGCUCAUCCCGCUAUUAUAUGGAUUGAAUUUGAUGAUAUAGGAUUAAAUAGUUGUGUUAAUGGUCCUACACCUGCUAUGCUUAUUAAUCAUAAUCUUGGAUUAUGUGCAGAUUCACCUGAAGUGUUGUUGGAUUCUGUAGCACGUCGAUUGUUUAUUUGUUUGUUAGCUGCAUUAAAGACAGUUGGCGCUCAUGGAGUACAUGUACAGUUGGAUACUAUCAAUGAACAUCGAGCAGAACUUUAUCGACGUUUUGGUUUUUAUCCUGUUCCAGCAGCUUCAAAUGAACAAACAACUGUUUUAGCUCGUUUAAUUUGAUUUAAAAAAAUUCUAAUCCUCUUCCAGUCAUAUAAUAUAUAUGGCAUAGUUUUUUUUGUGUGUGUGAAGUGUGCAAUUAUCAAUGUUGAUCAUGGUGAUAUUGCUUAAAUAACGUUCCCGUUCUAAAUCUAUAUUCUUAAAUGUUAUCACUGUAGAUUAUAAAUUCACACAAAUACAUCCAUACAUAUAGUUGUUUGUUUGUAUUAAUAAUCCAAAAAAAACUAUUCUGCACAUUAAUGAAUUUGGUUUUGAUGCGUACAUGCAUUUCUAUUUGUAUGUAUGCUUGUUAUAGAAAUAUAAGUUUAUUAUGUUUAUUUAAACAAGUG